CUCUGUAUAAGGCAGCAGCAGAGUAGCUGGGAGGGAGCAGACACAAGGAGCCAGCCUCAGAGAGCACACUCCUCAUCAUCCUCACAGUGCCUGACCCCAACCAAAGACAAGCUAGGCACUGCUACUAGAAGACUGCACUGGCCCCUGUCUCCUCACUGUGUCUAGGGGCAGGAAAGUCUUCUGUAUCCCUGAGCAUAAUUGUGGAUAUUACCCCAUCUCCCAGGAAUACCAUCAUCCUCACCCAGGACCUUACUGGCAUUUUGCACAUGCAGAAGACAAGCACUGUCCAAUGUAAAUGACUUAUUGACAGGGGGAAGUGAAGAGGUUUUUUGUGUUGUUUCACAAUGGAUAUCCUUGUGCUGGUGUUUGGAGUUAUGUAUCUGCACUUUUCAGCAUGCACAGUGUCAGGACAAGAAGUGAAUACAUGUGGAGGACGUCUUAAUGCCAAAGUUGCUGGUUAUAUCACCUCACCAGGUUAUCCCAAUGACUAUCCUUCUCAUCAGAACUGUGUGUGGGUGGUCAGCGCGCCGGAGCCCAACCAGAAGAUAGUGCUCAACUUUAAUCCUCAUUUUGAAAUUGAAAAACACGAUUGCAAGUACGACUUUAUUGAAAUCCGGGAUGGAGAAAGUGAAUCAGCAGAUCUGCUUGGGAAACACUGUGGAAAUAUUGCACCGUCUCCAAUCACAUCAUCCGGCUCCCACAUCUACAUCCGUUUUAUCUCAGACUAUGCCCGUCAGGGUGGUGGCUUUUCCUUACGUUACGAGAUCUUUAAGACAGGCUCUGAAGAUUGUUCCAGGAAUUUCACCAACUAUAAUGGCACCAUUGAGUCUCCUGGCUAUCCAGACAAAUACCCACACAACCUAGACUGUGUAUUUACUAUCCUGGCCAAGCCAAAGAUGGAGAUCAUCCUGCAGUUCUUGACUUUCGACCUAGAGCACGACCCCCUUCAAGUUGCAGAAGGAGAUUGCAAAUAUGAUUGGCUAGACAUCUGGGAUGGUAUUCCACAUGUGGGACCCUUGAUUGGCAGAUACUGUGGUACAAAGACCCCCUCUGAGAUCCGGUCUUCAACUGGAAUCCUUUCCCUCACCUUUCACACUGACAUGGCGGUGGCUAAAGAUGGGUUUUCUGCUCGCUAUUUCUUUGCUCCUCAAGAGGUCCCUGAAAAUUUCCAAUGCAAUUUUCCCCUGGGAUUGGAAUCUAGAAGGAUAUCCAACGAGCAGAUCUCUGCAUCUUCUGCAUAUGCAGAUGGUGGAUGGACCGCCCAGCAAGCUAGACUAAACAGCGAUGACAAUGCUUGGGCUCCCAAUCAUGAUACCACCAGGGAAUAUCUGCAGAUUGAUCUCCGCUUCUUGACUUUGUUAAAAGCAGUGGCAACACAAGGCGCUGUAUCAAAACAUACAGGAGUUUCCUAUUAUGUCAAAUCAUACAAGCUGGAAGUCAGUACCAAUGGUGAGGACUGGAUGAUGUUCCGCAAUGGUAAAAACCACAAGAUUUUCCCUGGAAAUAAUGACACCUCAGAAGUGGUAUUGAACAAGUUCCCACAGCCAGUGUUGACCCGAUUUGUCCGAUUCCGUCCCCAGACAUGGAACGUGGGAAUAGCAAUGAGGGUUGAGCUUUAUGGCUGCCAGAUCACAGAUGGUCCAUGCUCCAACAUGUUAGGAAUGAUGUCCGGCCUUAUUUCAGACUCUCAAAUCACAGCGUCUUCUACCAGAGAGUAUCUAUGGCCUUCUGGAGGGGCACGCUUGGUCAGCAGUCGAUCAGGCUGGUAUUCCCGUAUGACUAUGGAGCAAGCAGGAAAGGAAUGGCUGCAGGUUGAUCUUGGGACCCUUAAGACAGUGAAAGGAAUCAUUAUACAAGGUGCUCGUGGGGGAGACACCAGCACUGAAAACAGGGCAUUCGUGCGAAAAUUUAAAGUGGCAUACAGUCUGAAUGGUAAUGAUUGGGAGUAUAUUCAGGAUUCUAAAACAGACCAGCCCAAGUUGUUUGAAGGAAACAUGCAUUAUGACACUCCUGAAGUUCGCAGAUUUGAUCCUGUUGCUGCACAGUUUGUACGAGUUUAUCCAGAGAGGUGGUCUCCAGCUGGCAUGGGCAUGAGGAUGGAGAUACUUGGCUGUGACAGAACAGAAAUGGCACCUACCUCAGAAACAGUAAAACCAACUAUAAGGAUUGAAGAGACAACCACACAAGUAUCUAUGGAAGAGGACACCAGUGACUCCACAGAUACUGACGAUUGUGUGGUUCCAUCAGGAUUUGAUUGCAAUUUCGACCAUUCUGAAGAUGUUUGCAGCUGGACACAUGAUAUAAAAGCAAACUUCACAUGGUCAUUCCAUCCUAAUAGUACCUGGAUGGGACAUCAUAGCUCCAUUUCUGCCAACAGUAAAAACUAUCUGAGACUACCCAGCAAUGGAAGAAGAGAGGGUCAACAUGCCCGAUUACUCAGCCCCAGAAUGCAUCAGCCCAGGUGUGCCUUUUGUUUGGCAUUCCGUUAUAUAGCAUCAGGAACCAGUGGUGCCACAUUGCGAGUGCUCAGGAACUCAAGCCAGGAAAACAGUUUACUGUGGAAAAUAAAAGAAGAACCGGGAAGUGAAUGGAAAGAUGGAAGAAUCCUUCUGACAAGCUAUGAUGGAGAUUACCAGGUUGUUAUUGAAGGAAUUGUUGGUAAAGGCCAACCAGGAGACAUUGCUGUGGAUGACAUUCGGAUAGCUAAUGAAAUCCCACUGGAAAACUGUAUGGAACCAAUCUCUGCUUUUCCCAAACCAACUGUAUAUCCAGGGGGCACCCUUCUACCAGGGAGCGAGCCCACAGUGGAUACGGUGUCAGUGCAGCCCAUCCCAGUCUACUGGUAUUACGUUAUGGCAGCAGGAGGCGCUGUUCUGGUGCUGUUCUCCGUCGCACUAGCCUUGGUGCUCCACUACCACCGCUUCCGCUAUGCGGCCAAGAAGAGCGAUCCAGCCAUCACCUACAAAACCUCACACUACGCUAAUGGGGCACCUCUGGCAGUGGAGCCUACCUUAACUAUAAAACUAGAGCAAGAUGAUCCCGAUCACAGUUCACGUUGCUGAGGGCGAUAUGGACGCUGGAUCUAGACUUAAAAGACUCAUGAACUGUUGGCUCAAUUUGCACUUUUAUUCUCCCUUUCCUUAUAAACCCGACAAUAAUUUGUUCUGCAUAUUUUUGAACUCAUGGACAUCUCGACCCCUCUUGACUGUCUCUAAAGUAUAAUGCUGCAUCUUGGAAUAUGUUUGAGAUAAAGGGGCAAUGCCUUUUAGAACCUGAAUGCUCUUUUUUUUUAUUUUUCAAAGACAAUUAUUUUUCCAAAUUUUUAUUUUGCCCCUCAUGGUAAACAAACAUUGCCUGAAAAUAUGAAGGAAAGUUUGUGAAAGUUUACAUACAUGCAUAUCUAUUUUCUUGUGUGUAUGAAAUAGCACGUAAGUAGUGGUGAAAACCACUAAUGGAACUAGGCAAUUACAACAAAUGUAUUUCAGUGAGCUCAUGGACACUUUGCGUCAAGUGAUGUGACUGAUACCACUCAGUACGCUCUAAGGUGUAGUCCAGGACGUAAAAUUUGAGGGGCAAAUCUAGCAAAUUUGUGAAUGUUAAUGUACAUUUACUUCAGUGCAUAGGUAAUGUUAUUUGCUAUUUCUGGUCUCUUAUUUCCCCACACUCCUUACACGCUACCAUGAAAGGACAGAAUUUUCGAAGCAUGAGUUGAUUCACUUAAAUGAUUGUGCCAAUUUUCCAACCCGUGCCUGGGAAUUCAUCUUCAAAAAUGGUAGCCAUACAAGUUACACACUGUUAGCAAAGGAGUAAUGGGGAAAGAAAUCAAUUGUCAAUACUGUGGAGCUCACUGCAGUACAUUUUAGGACAGCUUAUUACUGUCUUACAGCUUAUAGACAUAUAUGCAAUUACAGAAACAUGCGAGAUAUUUUUAUUUCUUGGAAAUUGUUCUUUUUGUAAACUUUCAGAAAUCCAUCUUGCUUAAGCAACUAUUUUUUAUGGCCUCAUACUAUACAGAAAAAUACCCACUGGGCUUGUAUUCAAGACAAGAAUUGUUGACAAGGGACUAGAAUCUAACUGGGAUAUAGCAUAAAAAUGAAUGCAAAAUAAAGCAAUAGUAUCCCAUAGAAAGUGAAGGCUACCCGAUAAAAGCAUGCCCUCUGAUUGGUUGCCUUGAGGAACACCACUUUUUUUCCUCUGCACUGGUCUUUAUGCAUUACCCCAGGUAUAUUUCACGUACUGCUCUUUGCUAUCCUGAGUUGCCCCUGCAUGAUUAGAUCUUCAUGACCAUUGGGCAUGCAUCUCAAUACUGAACUACUGGAAUACUGAGAGAUUUCCUUUAAAAACUAUGAAUUCAUUUAAUUCUUACCUCAAGUAAUCUUUAUUGGCACUACUUGCCUAGUCUAUGAAUAAAGUGAUUUCUCUUUAAAGGGUUAUACCCAUCCUAAUAAAUGUAGUUAAACUUGUAGAGCACAUCAAAGUAAAUAUUUUAGCAAAUUCGUUCAUUUACCAAACUUGCUGCAUUCUCCUGUUAUUCCUGCUCCUUUUCUCCCUUGGAAAGGAGCUCGUUGACAGCUCGUUGUCUAGGUUCCGGCCACUGCUCCAUUCUAGAAGUGGUAAUCAGUCUGUACCAACCCUACCACCACUUCUAUCAGGAGAAGGAGGCAAGUUGGGUUAAAAAUGUAUUUGUUAGAAUGUUUACCUUUACGUUCCCUACAAGUUUAACUACACAAUCUGAGAUGGGAAUACCCCUUUAGUGUAGGGUCACACAUGCUGUAUUUUGCUGCAUAUUUUUUGCAGCUGAUUUUGCUAUCCAUUGACAUUAAUGGGUAGGAAAAUAUUCAGCAAAAUAUGGCACAUGUGAAUCUACCUUUAAUGUACUCGGAGCCUAUGUACAUCACUUCACUGUAUAAUUAUUAUUGCCUUAUCUAGUCAUUGCUUUGCAUCAUAAACACAGUGUAACUAAAUCUACAUGAACACAUAUCUACAGUAGGUUCAGGAGUAGGAGUCAAAUUGCUACAUAACAGAUAAACAGAUCAUUUAUUUGGUUUUAAUGGGGCUUUUGAAACUGCCAUUGCUCCACUGGUUUCCUGCAGUUGACAGUACUGUUGGGGAAUAAUUUGCUCUAAAUAUCGCAGUGGGUUGAACUACUUGCACACCAACAUUUUUUGUUUUUUUCCAUCUCCUGUCUCCUGCGUCAGUUUUAAAGAAAAAUGGGCAAGGAUGACAGCAGAGGGGAGAAGGAAUAAAAGGUGGCCAGCAGACAUUUCUGUAAUGUUUAUCAGUUGGCAUAGAGAUACAUGGAGUUAUUUUAUUGUCAAUCUAAAAUAUACAAGUGGUGGUUUCUACAAAAUGAAGAAAAAAAUAAUUGGUAUGGGCCACCCUUUCAUUUUAAUGCACUUUCAAUUGUUUGCAAGCAUUACAAUAGAAAUUUCUAAUUGCUUCUAUCUCUAGAUUUAUUAGUUUGGUUCUAAUAUGGAACCUUUUUAAAGAGAAUCCAUCAUUUUGAAAAUAUAGUCCAGUCUGUAGGUAACAUGUUAUAGAGCUGGAAGAGCUGGGAAGAUUGAUAUACAUAUAUAAAAAGUAAUUUAUUUAUGCAAACCUCAAUGCUUAAGGGUCCAAUGGGCAUUCCUAAUUAGUGAUUGACAUCAAGCACUAUCAAGCACUAACAAGGACCACCCAUUAGACUCCUAAGCAUAGAAUGAGCAGAGGUUUACAUGAAUACGUUACUAGUUAUACUUAAUCUUUUCUGCUAUAUCUAUAUAUUAAACUGCUUAGUGCCUCCUACUCUAUAAAAUGAUGCCUGCAGACCGGACUGCUGUUUCAGUGUGACAGGUUUUCUUUUAGUCGUACAAGGUUAAAAAAAAAAGGGCCUGCUUUUAUUCAGGAACGACACCACUCUUGCCCAUGAGCUAUGUCUGGUAUUGCAGUUGAGCAAUAUUUAAGCAAAUGUGACUGAGCUAAAAAACCUGGCUGGAAUCGCCCCAUUUCUGGUGGAAAAGCAGACCUGAUUUUUUAAUGUUGUUCAGGUGCCACUAAAAUAUAACUAAAAUAUUCCACUGAGGUUACCAGUGUCCUGCUACAGCUUAUGUUGCCCAUUGCUGCAGCAUUUCUUUACUGUAAUCACAAAGUAAGCCAAAAAUUCCUAUCUUGGUUCUACAACAUUUCAUUUUGGUCAUACAUUUCAGAAGUAAACCUCAUUGCCGAACCUUUAUUUCUGGUCCGGAUGAAAACACACAUCUAUGAUUGAUGGGACACAUGCACUUGUGGCAUGUGUUUUUAUUUAUUUUUUGUAAUGUAUAUAACAAUUGUGGCUCACACAUUUUGCAGUUUCAGUGUUAGUGGAGCUUAAAAAUAAUUAGUUUUACUUAUUUUUUAAGGUAGCAAAUGGGUGGCCUUAUAUGCUAAAGUGACAUAGAAAUGUAUAUUUUUUUUGUAUCCAUGCUGUUUUUUGGGUGUUUGAAUGUAUUUCUCACAGAAAUGCUAGUAUACAGUGCACUGCUGUGUAUAAUACUUUUGAGCCUUUUUGUAUUAGAUUGGUUUUGUCCAUUUGGCAUUACUGCUGAUUAUUUUUCUGUAAUGUAAUGCACACAUAAGGUUGUGCUUAGAAGUUGAAAUAUUUUGUACAUUGUAAAGUACCUGUAUACCAGGAGGCUAACCAGGCAGUGUAGGGAGAUAAAACUAAGACUAAAUUUACCAGCUUAAAAUUUCCCAUGUUUCAUUCUCCUUAGAUGAAACAAAAACUAUUUUAUUUUAAUGCAACCUAAUGUUCAUUGUUUCUUGUUGUGUUUUUUUUUUGUUUUUUGAGGGGAACUUUUUGUCCCGUAAGAAAACUUCCAUAUUCUGUAUGUCACCAUUGUCCAACUGGUGCCACAUAGAUGAAAAGGGUUGUCAAUGCCCCUAUAUGCUCUCUUGUUUGACAUAGCCUAACAUCUAUGUAUGUUUCAUCAUAAAACCACUUGGAUGGAAUAGCAGGGCAUGGAAGUUCCAUAGUUGUUAAGUCUAUGUAUGGUGAUUACCGAUAUUCUUCAGGGAUCUAUGUUACAAGAAUUAAUUCUCAUGAUCCACUUCAGUCUGUUGUCACGUCAACUUGCUGCACAAUGCAUUAUAAACCCAUUUAGCAUGAAAGUGGUUCUUGCAAAAUGGCUUCCUUCUGGAGCAAUGUUUUUUGUACGGAGAAUUUUUUCAUAGCGCCUAAUUACAGGAGGAAAUUUAUUGUAACUCUUUUUAAAAUCACAUCAGUCCUAAAGUGUAAGUGUAAUUACGUUGCUAGUUCUCUCUUGUCUGUUUAAUCUAACAGCAGUAUCUAAGUCUUACCAUCUGUUGCCACAUGCUUAGAACAAAGUUCCAUGAUUGUAAAUAGCAUUUACUGUUUGACUUAAGUAAAAAUAAUAUAAAUAUGUAUAUAUAUAUAUAUAUAUAUAUAUAUAUAUACAAAAAGAAAUAACCAGCUGCAUUGUGCACAAAGGAAAGGACUAAACAAAAGGAACAAAUGCAACAAGGCACCUUUUGGCCCUCGGUUUCCUAUUAUUUGGAAACUGUUCCUCAUUAACGUGUUUUCUUCUACAUCUUUGCUGCCUUUUUAGAUGUUUGUGUUGUCGUUGUUGUUGUUGAUGAUGAAAUUUGAAAGAAGAGCAUAAAAGAUGAAUACCAUGAAAUCUAUGUUCUUGUUUUUUCCCAGCAAUGUAAAGACUUUUUUCUUUUUAGUGUUUGUCAUGUUGCUGUCUGGUUCUGAAGGGGUUGCUUUAAAACAUUUUAUAAAUGCAAUUAUUGAGGCCUAUAAUGCACAGCAAACUUUUUGAGCUUUGUAUUAGGUCAAACACAAUUGCUUUGUAGAAAAGACAUAAAUUGUACUAAAAAAAAUAGUUCUUCGAUAUGCCUUGUGGCAAGGGGGAGAUGUUAUGGUAUUUUAUUAAAGGGAUAAUCACAUUAAAGUGAAGCUUUAUGUAGGACUACAUCUGAAUAAAAGAUAAAUGGGUGGCUAUUCUUCCUAUUGUGUAUACAAAAACACCACCUUCUCUAAUAACUGGUUGGCCAACACUUACCCAUGGUUGCCCAACAUCAAAGAAAAGAUACAAGUAUUUAGAUAUUACAAAUAUUUACUACCAAUUUACCUAAUGUUUUGUACCAAUAUUUAGUACAAUAUUCCCAUUAUUAGGCAGUUUAUAAUAUCAAGGACCUCUUUUAAGCGUUGAUCUCCAGGUCAAGAUCACUUCAAAGUCCUGGUCCUUAUGGUUAUUUGUUUUAGUCAUUUAAAUAGUGCCAACAUAUUCCAUAGCACUGUAGAGAGAUUGUCACUUCACACCAGUCUUUGUCCACAUUUGGACAGGAUAAUUUAAACCAAAAAAUGAUCUUAUCAGUAAGUUUUUUAGGGUGUGUAAGGAAGACAGAGGAAGAAAAUUCAAACUUUAUGCACGCUAUUUUACAGACGCAGGACCUGAGCAAUACAAAGCAACAGUACUAACAACUGAGCCAUCACAUUACUAAUGUUUAUGUUGUUUCUCAGGUGUGGUUCUUCCCUUGUACUAGAUACAAAUGUUUCAUAUUAAUGUGAUUAUAAGUACUGCGAUUGAAGGCAUAUCCCUUUAAUAUAAAACCAGGCCAUAUCCAUGUUUUCUACCUGUUCAUUAUUUGCAAAAAAUUGGGCAUGGAGAAUGCUGUUAUUUACCUAUAUGCUGUAUAAUGUUCUUUUCUAUGAAAACUUUGGUCAAAUCACUAUUGGAAUAUAUGAUAUCCAAUUAUUUUCUCCCAAAUCCCUCAUAAUUGCGCAUUUCUUGCUUUGUCCUCUGCCUGAGAAUGAAAGAAAAAAAAAACUUAUGGAAAUUUGAACCUUAUUUGAUCAUGUGCUGUGUGGAAUGUAAUUAAAGGAUAAUAUUUUUGUACAAA